AUGUCAGUGUUUCCAUUUUUGCAUCAUUUUGACAACUAUCUAUCUAUCUAUCUAUCUAUCUAUCUAUCUAAGUCUGUUCAUAUUUAUGAUCCAUCUAUCUCUUCUGUUCAAAUCUAUCUAAGUCUGUUCAUAUUUAUCUAUCUAUCUCUAUUCAUAUUUAUUUAUUUAUCUCUCUCUAUUCAUAUUUAUUUAUCUAUAUCUGUUCAUAUUUAUUUAUCAAUCUACCUCUGUUCAUAUCUAUCUAUCUAUAUCUGUUCAUAUUUAUUUAUCAAUCUACCUCUUCAUAUCUAUCUAUCUAUAUCUGUUCAUAUUUAUUUAUCAAUCUACCUCUUCAUAUCUAUCUAUCUAUAUCUGUUCAUAUUUAUUUAUCAAUCUACCUCUGUUCAUAUCUAUCUAUCUAUCUCUGUUCAUAUUUAUUUAUCAAUCUACCUCUGUUCAUAUUUAUUUAUUAAUCUACCUCUGUUCAUAUCUAUCUAUCUACAUCUGUUCAUAUUUAUUUAUCAAUCUACCUCUGUUCAUAUCUAUCGAUCUAUCUAUAUCUGUUCAUAUCUAUCUAUCUACCUAUCUAUCUCUGUUCAUAUCUAUCUAUCUACCUAUCUCUGUUCAUAUCUAUCUAUCUAUCUAUCUAUCUCUGUUCAUAUCUAUCUAUCUAUCUAUCUCUGUUCAUAUCUAUCUAUCUAUCUAUCUCUGUUCAUAUCUAUCUAUCUAUCUAUCUACCUGUCUAUCUCUGUUCAUAUCUAUCUCUAUUCAUAUCUAUCUAUCUCAGUCUGUUCAUAUUUAUCUAUCUCAGUCUGCUCAUAUCAAUCUAUCUCAGUUUAG